GUGUUUCGAGAGCAGGCACGAGAGAGUGAGAGGAGGGAAAGGGGCGUGAACCUGACUUUGUUGGGCGUGCUUUGUUCCUCUGCGGCCAGAGCGGCUGACGGGCAGCUGAGAAGGUCAGGCAGAAAGCCGGAGGAGUAGAGAGCAUGAAGGGUGUCUUCUGGACCGUUUGCGCAGUCAGCGGCUUCGCGAGCGUCUCGCAGGCCUUCUUGCAGCCUUCGUCCAUCAUCGUCUCUUCCGCAACUCGUCGCGCCGCUGCCGACACACGUAGUCGCAACGAUGUACCGUGCCGCAUGUCCGCUGCCGACGAAUCGGACGGCGCUUCCCCGGCGUUGAAGAACCCCUUCCUUGUGGCGGCGGUGGGCAUGGCACUGCUGUCGACGGACCCGGCUGCCACCCUUGCCGCGCAGUCGGCCCGGGAGGCCGUGCUUCCGGGGGGUGGCGGAGGGGGGGCAGCGCCUACGCUGGUGCUCUCGGCCGCGGCGACCACGGCGGGGGACCCCAUGCUCAAGGAUUUACUCGGGGAGUACAACUCGGCACGAGAUAAGCCAUCAGCAGCGCCUGCGCCCGAUCCCACGCCGGCCAUCAAGGCCGCCCCGGCGCCCGCUCCCAAGGUCGAGAAGAAGGCCCCGGCCCCAGCGCCUGCUCCCAAGGUCGAGCCUAAGCCUGCUCCUGCUCCUAAGGUCGAGCCGAUCGCCCCCCCGCCCGCGCCCGUUCCCAAGCCCGAGCCUAAGCCCCCCGCCCCCGCGCCGGUACCAGCUGCGAAGGCCCCUGAGGUCGCCGCUCCCGCUCCCCCGCCGCCGCCGCCGGCUGUCGCUCCCGCCGCUCCAAAGGCCGCGGCGCCGAAGGCCGUGGCGCCGAAGCCGGCGCCCACGCCGAAGCCGGCCCCCGCGCCCAAGAAGCCCAGCGGGCCUUCUCCGCAGGCUCAAAAGGCUGCCCAGGCGAAGGCCAAGGCGGCCGCGGAAGCUAAGGAGAGGGAGAAAAAGGCCGCGGCUUUGGCCGCGGAGAAGGCCGCGGCGGCCGAGAAGAAGGCUCUCACGGAUAAGAUUAAGGCCGCGCGGGAAGACUUCGGGACAGUGAAGAUGGGACCUGACACGAAGGCGAUCGCGACAACGACCAAGGUGGCGUCGAAGCCAACCAAGGACCCGCAGGAGGUCGCCUUGGAGGAGAUCCGUGCUCAAAGAUCAGCGGCGAUGAAGACUGUCCGUACGCAGUCGGAGGUGCUGAAAGCGGCCCAGAUCAAGCUGAGCGACAACAACAAGAAGCUCGAGAACGCGGAGAAGGAUAUCGCCGAUGAGAAAUACAAGAUGAAGACCACCAGGGUACCGAAGGUCCGCACGCAGCUGGAGGUGGCGAUAGCGGAGAAGCAGCAGGUGGCGGCGAAGGCGAGGGCCAACAUCAACGAAGCGGAGGCUGUCAUCAAGGCCGCCGGGAAAGAGGUGCAGAAUGCGACCAAGGAGUCAAAGGCGCUGGCGGCACGGCAAGUGAAGGAAGAAGCGUCCCGCAAGGCCGCUCAGGCAAAGGAGGCCAAGGCACGGGCGGACGCUGCGAUCAAGGCUGACGAGGACGCCAAGAAGCUGAAGCAGAAGUCGAUCCAGGCGGCGCAGGCAAGAGCGGAGCAGAAGAAGAAAGACAUCGCUAAGGCUAAGGUGGAUGCCGCCAAGGCCAAGGAGAACGCCUUCAAGGAGAAGCAACUCAAGCUCCAGCAGGCCCGCAACGCCAAGGCGAAGGCUCUCGAGAAGGCCAAGAAGGAGCGCGCCGACGCGGCCAAGAGGGCGGAGCAAGAGUCUAAGCGAGAGCUCCAGCGCGCCCGAGACGCCAAGGCCAAGGCCCUCGAGAAGGCAAAGAAGGAGCGCGCCGACGCGGCCAAGAGGGCGGAGCAGGAGGCUAAGCAGAAACAGAGGGACCUCGAGGAGGCGGAGAGGGAGCGCGCCGCGGCUACCAAGAAGGCCGAGCUGGAGGCCAGGCAGCGGGCGAAGAGCCUGGCAGAAGGCGAAGGGAAUGGAAGGUUCACACUCGGCCGGAAUGGGCGACAGUAG